AAGGAGGGGCAGUGGUUUAGCAUAUGACAUCAUCCAUAGUUUUUUAAAUAAACCUCAGGCCAUGGUUCUUCAUUGGUCCUAGCUGAAUAAAUCGAUUUUUUGGGGGGGUGCUUCUGCAAUUUCACCCUCGCUCGACUUUGUGGUAACGCCACUCAUUCCUCUGUCCCGAGAGGUAGCUUCUGCGGUCCCGGGAACGUUACUAAAGAGGGAUGCACGCCGUUUGAACAAGUCAAUUGAAACUACAGCGUCAGUGCGAAGCUUGCCAGUGAAGGGAGCCAGUUGCACGUUUGAUUGUUUGUCCUCUACGUUUAUAACCUCCGCACCGACAUAUUUGGUCUGUUUUUGUCCAGCCAGCGAGGAAGUAGCCUUAAAAACAGGAGUCGCCUACAACAGUACCUGAAAGAAUUUGUGGGGGGGAAACGCUGCGAAGCGUGCCUCGACAUUCUUACGAUCCUUGAGGUUGUUGAGAGGACGUUGGCUUCAUUCCGGGUUCAGUGUGUUUGUGAGCCGCUGGAUCCGGUGAGUGAGACCGUUGCCAGGCCUACAAGGGAUGAAACCGGAUGGGGUUGCCAUGGAGCCCACAGAAGCCGUAGGAGCUGAGCCUUCGGCCCAGGGGAUGGCCACCGACGAGAUGCCUGCCCAGCCAGCUCCUUCAACUUCCCCGUCCUCUCCAUCACAGCCUGAAGACAACCAAAACAGCGCAGCACCCCCUGAAAACCCCACAGCACCCCCUGAAAACCCCACAGCACCCCCUGAAAACCCCACAGCACCCCCUGCAUCCAAGGAGGUCAAUGGGGCCAAUGGCAAGGCAGCAGCUGACCCCAAACCCAAGGCUAAGACCGUGGGCUUGGCUAAACCACGGCCAGGCACAGCUGGAACCAAGACCGUAACGGGUCCGGCAUCGGGACCCAGCACCUCUCGUCCGGGCACGGCCCCAAGCCACAUGGCCAAUGGAUUAAAGUCAUCGGCCAGUGACCUGGCCAAGAAAGCUGCUUUGGACAAAAAGAGAAUCUCCACUAUAGCUGGAGCACCGGCUGCAGCCACAAAGAGGUCCGUGGCUUCCACUGUCAGGACCCAAACUAAGGUAGCUGUCCGAGUCCCCAGGUCCACCUCUGCUACCAGGCCAACCAACGCUACAUGGACUGCGGCGACGGGGCUUGGCACUCCAACGAGGAGACCUCCAGCUGCUGGGCCCAUUAAUGGGGCUGGGGCCAGACCCAAAACCACAGCUUCCAGACAUGCUGCCCCCAAGCCUCCCAGCACUUCAGCUGCGGCCAAACCCGAUAGGACACUGGUUUCCAAGACAACCAGGCCUGCCGCUGGUCACACUGGAUUGUUAAUGGGCACAUCCAAGCCAGCUGCCUCCGGCUCCAGCAGACCUGCAGCUUCCAGAGUCGGUACCACAGCCCCCUCCACUGGCAGGACUACCACAGCGCAGGCACCCAAACCUACAGGCCCUGCCAAGAAAGAUGUCAGCAGACCAGCAACCACUACCACAGCCAGAAAGCCGGUAACAUCCACCACUACCAAAACGACCAAACCUGACCCCCCUAAAGCGACUGCAGCCUCCAGACCCGAGCCCGCCUCCAAAAGGCCCCAUCCCACCAAGGCGGCAGACACCAAGCCAGCCCGCCCUACAUCACAGGACCCCAAGCCCCUGCUCACACGUAAAGCCCCUCCCACCACACGGCCCCCUGCCACACGACAGCCCCAGGGUAAGACCCCCCCUGCCUCCCCCAGCAACAAGCCCGUGGGCAGCACCGCCCCCCAGUUGGUCAAACGAGCCUCUAAACCAACCCAGUCUGUCCUGCCCUUCACUGCCAGACCUGGAGCUCCCAAGUCUGCAGCAGCAGUGGCUGCCACAGCAGCAGCUGCCGUGGCAACAGUCACCAUGAUAGCCACAGCAGAGCCAGAAGUGGCAGCUUCAGAAAUCCCAGCACCAGUGUCUGCAUCUUUGCCAGCAGUGGCCCUAGAGUCCAGAGAAGAGGUUUCAGACCCAACUCCUCAGGAUACUACUUCUCCAUCUCUACCACAGAGCCCACUCAGGCUGGCUCCUGCUCCACCACAGGACUCACUAGUCACUGUUGCCCAGGAGGAGAGGUCUGAACAACCAGAGACUGUCCCAGCAGACCCGCCACAGCCAGCACCAGACCAGACCUUACACCAGGACAUCCCCGCAGCAGUGGCUAGGGCUACACCCAGCCCUCUGGAUUCCUCAGAGAAAGCCCAGCUCAACAUGGAUGAAGAAGAGGACGAGGAGAGGGAGGGCAGCCAGCGGGUGUCUGUGUCAGAAAUGAGCGGCUCCCAGCCCACGGAAGAGUCCAGGCCGGGCUCAGCCGGCCCUGCGGGUUCAGGGUGGCGUGCAGGCGGUGCCCUGCUAUCGGAGUUGGACUCUGAGUUGAGCUGCAGCCAGCAGGGGGCGUCGGAGCUGAGCGCCCCGGGCGUCCUGGAGGGCACAGAGAGUAUGGAUGACCUAGGAGAUGCCAGUCUGAAGGGUGCCAUCGACAUGGAGGGCAUGUCUGCCUCGGCCGGCUCGCCUGACUUCGAGAAGGUGCCCGACAUCCCGACCAAUGAUUUUGAUGACAACGAUGAAGACGGAGACCGGGUGUGCGACAUGGAGGUGGGUUCGGAAUGGGCGGAUGACCCGAGAAGAGCGAGGCGUGACGAGGAUGAGGAUGACGAUGUGGAGAUGGCCAGUGAAGGGGUGACUGAGAGCGGGCUAGAGAGCUAUGGGAAUGCAGACGAGGAUGACUUUGCAGAGGAUGAGAGACUGGACAACCUGAACCAAGCCCUGCCUGCCCUGGCCGCCCAGUGGGACCAACCCAACCCCAACUCCUUUUGUGACCCCUGGGCCCAGCCGCACCCCCAGGCUGCCUCAGCCUCCCCCCUGCAGACUCCUACCAGCCCCUCAGACCCCUGGCAGGCUGAUAUGGAGACACCCACCCAGUACUCCACUCAACCCUGGCUGCAGCUGGCUGCCACACCAUUUGUUCCAGCCCUGCAUGAGCCCUUACACCAGCCUGCCCCUGCAUCUCCACUUGAGAAAGAGACCCUAGCCCCAUUGCACUCCCUGUCCCCCAUAGCUGCCUCCGGCCGCGGCAUGUCACACUCCAGCACCCUAAGCGCUACGGAGCUGGCUGUCCACUGCAACAGCGAGACCAGCACCAGCACCCCAGAGGAGCUCUGUGACUACAACAGCAGCUCCGGGGUGGAGUCCCGCUCUGAGGGGGGGAAGCUCCACACCCUGCCUGCCGCCCUGGCCCCCGUGCGCUCCCUCCAGCCUGAAUUGGAGGACCUGGGCAUCCACCUGGAGAGAGAGGACUGGGAGGUGGCAGAGACCCUGCCAGCCAACGAGGUCCCAGGGGACCCCGCCACAGCACCCACGUCCAACCCCUCGUCCUCCUCUACCACGGAGGAUGAGGCCAGCGACACGGAGGGCGAGGCCCAGCUGGAUGAGCUGGGCCAGGGCAUCCACAACGCCACCUUCGACCGCAAGCCCGGCGCCCAGCGCUGCCUGUCAGCCCUGGAGGAAGGGGAGGAGACCAGUGGAGGCGCAGAAGAGGGUGGCGACACCCCCCAGUCUGUCAACUCGGUGGCAUCCUACGCCUAUGACAUGACGGCGUCCAACUCCAGUAACCACUCCACUGCUGAGAGCUGCGCCAAGAGCCCCGGCAUCUUCUCCCUGGAGGAGCUGCCUGAGGAGGCCAAGGAGCUGGAGCUGACCCUGCCGCCGCCCCAGCAACAGGCUGCCUCGGCAGACUCCCUCCUCGUCUCCAACCCAGAGGAGCAGCAGUACAUGUUGUGUGGGACGCUUGAGACAGAGCUAGGGGACACGGGGGAUCUGAAACCCCUGGACCCCGCGCUGUUCGAGGCCCCCCAGCAGCCCGGGGAGGGCCCCCGUGUCACCCAACCGCCCUACUACUCCACUGUCUGUGAAAACACUGAGAACUCUCUCACAGGGCUCAACGUGCUCCCCCAGCCACACUGCCGCCGCGACCACCACCCCAACCCCCACUGUGACCUCUUGACCCCACCCAGGCUGACCUGUGCUGACCUGCCCCCCCGGAGCCCUCGCCUGCAGGCCAGCCCCCAGCUCCGCAGACUGGAACGGCACCAGCAACAACUACUAGAACUGCAGCAACGCAGAGAACAGCAGGGAAAACCCAAAGAAGAAGAGGCGAGGAAGAAUAGCGAGAAGGAGAUGAAGAAAAAGGAGGCGGAGCAGCAGCAGGAGGAGGAGGAGAAGCUGAGGAGGGAGGAGCUGAAGCAGAGGCAGCAGAUCAUGCGGUGGCAGCAGGAGCUGGAGGAGCAGGCACAGCAGACGUCACCGCAACAACAGCCCCAGAAAGGUCAGGCAACAGUGCUGCUUUCGCCUUCCUCUGGUCUCCAUACCAUUUAUGAAGCCCUGGAGAGUGAUGAAGAGGGGAAGCAGAUUGAGGUUAAUGUCCAGCUCGAACAAUGCGAAGAAGCCCCGCUGGACAACGAGGUUGACAGUAACCGUGACUGUCGAGAGGUGUUGGAUGAGGACAGAGCUGAUAGCAACUCCACCUCCACUCUCAGUCCCUCUCCAGACUCCCCCGAGCAGGAAGAGUCCCGGGACGCCUCCCCACCCUCCGUCUCCCCAGAAUGCCCCCCUCCCCUGGACCUGGACUGGGGGACGAAAGUUGACAUUGUCCAGCAGCUGAUCAACCAGACCUUGCUGCUGACGGGCGAUGGCUGCUCCUCCCUGCUCCUGCUGCCCGGAGGCACCUUAAGCCCCCUGGAGGCCAGCCUGUGGCCCAAACUGCUGCCCCCCCUUACCCCUCCCUCAGCCACGGUCACGUCGGUCAGCAGCUUCUCCCCGGAGGCCCCUGGCCAGUCCCCCCAGGGUGAGUGGACAGUGGUGGAGCUGGAGACACACCACUGAGGGAUGUAGAGACGUGUGUCUCACCAUUUAAUGGUUGCACACACUGUUGUAACAACACCUCUCUUACCUUUCCAUUCAUCACUGCAAAUACAACACUACUGUUUGAUACACUGAACUAACACCACUGUUUUUUCAAACAUGAUACCUUUCGAUUGGGGGGCAAAGGACACUGACACCACGGUUAUGUCAAUCACAGACUGACUCACACUGUAAUUUUACACCUCUCUCUCAUGCUAAAACUACGUUAGGUUACAUACCAGCAGCCCCAGAGGGCUACUACCUUGAUUAGAUUGGUUGACUGAAGCUUCUGGGCCAGCUAUUUGGGUAGAAUAGUUGUUAGCCAUUGUCAAUUUUACUGAAGCUAAAACUACAUUUAUUUAACCUUUUAUCUAACUAGGCAAGUCAGUUAAGAACUAAUUCUUAUUUAGGAACGGGGGAUUAACUGCCUUGUUCAGGGGCAGAACGACAGAUUUUUACUUUGUCAGCUCAGGGAUU